GACGCACUCGUCGAAAAGUUCGCUCAUGAUGAUCAAAAUGGCCGAUGUUUCCGCCCGCCUGCUGAAGAUCACAGCGAUAAUUUAGUCUUUUUCAUCCACAAUAUCUACUCAUAAGAUAUUGAUCUAUACGCAAGUGUUCCACCCGAUACAUAGCAAUGACGGUUUAACCACACAUACACAUUGACAAAUAUUGGGAAUGUGUUGUGUUAUGAACAAGAAGAGCCAACCGGGCAGGGAUCCUGUAAAGUACUAAACCCGUUGGGGGAAAAACCCUCAUUGUGUAAAUGAGCCAAUCAGACAUAAUGGAUUCGGGACACGAGGUUGCAGUCAUGGAUGAGACUGGCGACCCUUCAUCUAUUGCCUACACCGUGGAAAUCCGCCUUGUGGAUGACGGGUAUGCCGUAGGCCACCAGGAGAACGUCAUACACAUGGUGUCUGAACAGUUGGUCGAGGAUAUCCCUCAAGUGCAACCCAACGACGUCCAAGUAGAGGUGAUCACCGAUGAUCCCAACGAUGGCAUGAACGUCUCCCACGGGAUGACCACAGAGCAGAUGGAGGAGAACUUGAUGGUGACCUCAUUCCCCGGCAGCACUGAUCACUUCACUACGCUGCCAGCGAUGUCGCACCAUCAGAUAGUCACUGGUGACAUGGUUACCUAUUUGCCCGUGAGCAGCAUAGACCACUCUCAACCUCAUCAUCAUCAGAUCAUCAAUCAUCAUGGGGAGGGUAUUGGAGAGAUGAAGCUGGUUCAGAGCCUUCCUUCUGACCCUAAACAGACUGUACUGCUCAUGGAAGCACCUCCACAAGACCCAAACCAAACUGAGUCAGCAGUACACGAUCAGUCGGAUACAAUCAAAGAGAUGGAAAUAGCAUCAGCAGUUGAGGCCCUUGAGGCCUUGACUGGUCUAUCAAACACUUUCAAUGCCUGGGCUCAACAGAAUCCCCAGGGCUUACCCAUAACGGAGCAGGAAUUGCAACCCCCUCUGAUUAAGAAAAAGCACAAGGUGAAAUCAGGAAAGCACAAGUCAAAGAAGCACAAAUCAGGAAAGCACAAGAAGAAAAAAGCAAAAGCCUCCGACCACAAUGGUGAUAUAUUGCAGUCUCCCGAGGACCCUUGCCGGUGUGAAACCUGCGGAAAAGUCUUCGGCAGUAGACUCAAACUAAAAAAUCAUUUGAUAUCCCACUCAGAUGAGAGACCUCAUGUGUGCGAUGUUUGUGGCAGUGCUUUCAAACGUCCUAGAUACCUCCAGAUUCAUAAAAAGAGUCAUUACUCAGACACGGUGUUUGCUUGUCAGUACUGCGACAAGACCUAUUUUGAAAAGAAGAGGCUGCGCUCUCAUGAGAAAUGCCACAUUAAUCCUUUCAGUUGUGACGUCUGCGGGAAGGCUUACGGUGACAAGAGAGGUCUUGUUAUUCAUUAUAGAACCCACACUAAUGAGAAACCUUUCCUCUGUCGCAUCUGUGAGAGGGGGUUCACCUCGAAGGCUGGUGUAAAUAAGCAUGAGAGAAGUCAUUCCGGACUGAAACCCUACGUCUGCAAGAUCUGCGGCAAGGCUUACACUCAACCAACAAAUCUGACUGAUCAUGAACGGACUCACAUCAACGACAGGACGUUUGCUUGCAUAAGUUGCCCUAAGGUGUUCCUAGCCAGGAGCAGCCUCAGAAGGCACCGAGUCAAGAACCACCCAUUAGAGAAGCCCAACGUGGGCAAACUACAGCCUUUGCACUCGAGGCAGUGUAUCUUUAAGAAGAUCACCAAUCUCGAUCAGAAAGGUCAUUACAAGUACUGCUGUAAUAUUUGUGACAAAAAGUUCAAGAAGGAGAAGUACCUUAACAAACAUAAAAAAAUCCACACUGUCGGUACGCGGUCUUGCUCCUACUGUAACAAGCUGUUCAGAGAUAAGAGAGACCUCCUGAAUCAUGAGCGACGUCACACAGGAGAAAAACCCUUCAAGUGCAACACUUGCGACAAGGCCUUUGUCUCGAGCUCGGCAAUGCUGCGACAUGAGAAGUGCCACCUGGGUCUGAAACCCUACAUCUGCAAUACCUGCGGCAAGAGUUUCACGCGCACCACUGGCCUGCGCGAUCACGAACUGAUUCACAACGGGAGAAACAAACGGUUCCCGUGCACAUUCUGUGACAAGAUCUUUGCAUCUCGGAGUGCCUUAAGGAGUCACGAGCGUUUGAAACAUCUUCUUACGUCUCUAGUGUAUUUUCCGGAGCCUAGCAUGUAAAUCUUUAGGGUAAUGUGGAACAUAAGGGUUCUGGAAUAUGUAGAGCAGUCAUGAUCACCGUUUCCAUAGAAUGAGGACAUUUUUAGAGCAAGUGGAAAGGGGGGGGGGGGGGUUGUGAAGCGGUGGGGUGACUUUAUCCAUUAACUAUGCACUUUACAUGAAACAAUGUCAAAUAGUCAGCUGUGGCUGUGAGAAAACAUUGCCCAAAGGGCAGGGCAAGGCCAUUAUGGCCAAACGUAUACCACACCUUCAUAUACCACACCUACAUGUAUAGUUUUAACUUUUAACUGAACACUUUAUUUGGUCUAAAGUGUACUACAAGGAAACGGCAGGUAGCUUUUGCAUUAACUGGAACUUGUUUUGUAAAUAAUUAUUUAAGAAAUUUGUAUAUUUUGUGGGUGAUAUAUAUCAAUUGUACUGUAAAUUUAUAUAAGUUUAGAUAUAUCUUCUACUAAUUUUUUUUUUUUUUUCAACUGAUAUAAAGUUUUGAAAUAAUGGUUAUUAUUUGUUUGAAACGGUCUUUGUUUGAGGGGAUGAUUUUAAUUUUCCCUAACAGUUUCUUUAAGUUUUAAUUUUGGUUUUAGUUUUUCUUACAAACCUGUUUUUCUUACUUCUACUGUGGCUUCUUAUGUAGUGCACAUUGGCUUCUUAUGUAGUGCACAUUUUCGUCAUGCAGUGAGGCUCAUGGUGCUUAACUAGUGUUAAAGGCAGUGGACACUAUUGGUAAUUACUCAAAGUAAUUGUUAGCAUAACAAAUUCCUUGGCAAUAUUAGCAAUGGCAGUCAAUGGAGAGCUGUUGAUAGUAUAUAAAACAUUGUGAGAAACGGCUCCCUCUGAAGUAAUGUAGUUUUCG